UGUGUUUACAUUAUUCAUCGAGGAGCCGCACAUAACGAUCAAAAUGGACUCCAACCAAGAGAACGCCAAAUUUCUUAAAUCAGAAGACGGAGGGAAAACGGAGGUUCACCACGAAAAAACUGCCGCGGAACAAAAUCAGCGAUGGCGGAAUUUGGCGGUAGUGCUGAUGAUUCUAAACCUUUUAUUGUUAAUAAUCGCUUUGACUGUUGUUAUUGUGUGGCAAAACGAUCGUAAUGAAAGACAACUCGUGCCGAGUCCUGAGGCUCUCUGCCUUCCGUGUGGCGAUCUUUCUCUACAUAAGGACGAUGAUGCCUAUAAUUUGGUGAAUUUCUCGGAAACUGUCGAUACUAAAGGACAGAGGGUCUGUUGUGCAAACUCACAAGAAACACUCCGAGGUUUAGUAGACUUGUUUGUAACAAGAAAAUAUAGGGAAGAUAGAGCAAGAAGCCCGCAGUUCGAGAUAAACUGUGCACAAAGUUCCCGGUAUGAAGAUGAAAAGAAAAAUUUUGCAGCAAGAGUUGUCAACAUAAAGCGCAAAGAAACAUUAGCAAAAAAAGAGAAUAUAUUGUGGGAUUUCGAUGAUCCUCAUUCUUUUAUCAACAAUGGAAUAACAUACGACCCAUACACAGGGAGGUUUAAUGUUUCCAAGAAAGGAUUUUACUACAUUUACAGCCAAGUAACCUUCCUUAUGAAUACCACGAUGGAUGAAGGUGAUGCUAGGGCGAUGUAUAUGUCUCUAUCUCACUUUAUCUAUCACCAGAGGGCCAACAUGAAAAACCACCCCCCUGAAAAAUUCCUGGAAAGUUCGCAGUCUAAAUGUGAGCUUCAGUCUGACCUAAAGGCUAGCAAUAGUACGAGUUAUAUCGGAGCCGUUUUUUAUUUAGAACAAGGGACGGAAGUGAUGGUACGGGUUACGUACCCUGAGAGAUUGACGGAGUCUUGUUAUAGUAACUAUUUUGGUCUCCAUAUGAUUUAGUGAAGAAGAGACUCUAUCUGAAAAUGUUUAAUAAAUGUGCCAAAUCAUUUGAGUAAUCCAUAUAACAGUAAUUGUUUGAACAUAUUAAAAAACACUGUACAUCUCUCUUUUAUAAUGUUCUAUAAAUGUGUAGCCGUGAAAGGCUUGUUAUGUUAUAAUUUUUUUAUUGUGUUUGUUGAGGGUGAUACCUAAGGUGUGUGUGUCUUUUAUUCCCAGCACUAAAAGUGUUUAUUGUUUUGCAUUAAAUAUACAUUGUAUGAUAUAACAUACACACUAUUCCAGCUUCACUCCAUUUGUAAGAAUGAUGGCAGCAACAUAGUUCAAUGUGUCAUUAUUUUCGUAAUAAAAGAAGAAGCAUC